GAGAGAUUUGGCCUUUUUGCUACAAACUCCAGAGAUGCAAGCUAUCAGGUCUCUGUUCAUCCGCAAGUGUUCUUCGGAUGUGCGGCUGGACGGGAAGACGGCUGUAGUAACAGGAGGCAACACUGGAAUAGGCAAAGAAACAGCCAAAGACCUUGCUGCAAGAGGUGCCCGGGUGAUUUUGGCGUGCAGAGACACGGCAAAAGGAGAACAAGCUGCUUCUGAAAUCAUGCGGGAGUUGGAGGGAGGGAAGGUAGUUGUCAAGCAACUGGAUCUGGCUAACACCAAAUCGAUAUGCCUGUUUGCUGAAAACGUUUACAACACGGAGAAGUAUCUUCACUACCUGAUCAACAAUGCAGGUGUGGCUAUGUGUCCUCAUGCCAGGACUGUGGAUGAAUUUGAAAUGCAAUUUGGAGUCAAUCACUUGGGCCAUUUCUUCUUGACUUUUCUGCUGCUGGACUUGCUAAAGCACUCGGCGCCAUCCCGGGUUAUCAAUGUGUCAUCAGCAGCUCACGCCAUGGGCAAGAUCCAGUUUGAUGACCUGAACGGGGAUAAAAACUACCACCCUGUCAAGGCCUAUGCCCAGAGCAAGCUGGCUAAUGUGCUGUUCACUCGAGAGCUGGCUAAAAGGACAGAGGCUCUUGGUGUGACGGCUUUCUCAGUGGACCCCGGCAUGGUGAACACUGAAAUUACAAGACAUUUAAGGCGCCCUCUUGUGGACAUAAUCAAGAUUUUGUCUUUCAUGAUCAGGACCCCUGCAGAGGGAGCUUACACCAACAUCUACUGUGUCGUCACUCCCGACAGCCAAAUGGUCACCGGAGGAUUUUAUAGGGACUGUGCCAGUGCAGACAGCUGCAGAGCAGGCCAGGAUGACGGCACUGCGUUGAAGCUGUGGGCUGUGAGCUGCCACAUGCUCGGCAUCCGCUGGAGAUGAACAACUCUCCUGCAUGCUGUGCAGCAACAGACAGGCCGCUUCAGAGAUGCUGCUUUAUGCUGAAGCUUCCUAGUUUUACUGAAUGUCAUGCGUGUGAUAGACAGAUACUGUGUAGGCAGACAAGAGACAUGCUGAUCCAGGCCUAAAAUUAGAUGACAGUUAUUGUUCGGUGGAAUUGGAAAGUGUAAGAAGGCUGAUACUUAAAUGUGCAGCUAAAAGACAUAACGAUAGCUGCUUGCAAUAAAAAGCUCACCACCUGCUCUUGUUUGUUUAAUUGUGGUUAAUUAUUUAUUCAUU